UCAAUAAUUAACUCUUACAUAAUUAUCCAACGCGUUUAUGACACCAGUUUAAUUGCUGCCUCGGUGACGUAGAAUAUCUUAAGUAAAUCAAUUUGCAUUACAACAAAAAGUUGUCGGAUUUUGGGCAGCUCGCCUCAAUCGUGUUUUUCAACACACCGUUCUCCUAGCUACAAGAGACAAUGAGUGAGACGUUGAUAAACACAUCGAGAAUGUAGUUCAGAGGAAAAAUUUAUCAAUCCAAGUGCAAGGGGAUGGGGUGCAGUGAAUCCAAGCCAUCUCAAGGCAACGGGAGAGCCGAAGCUGAGGCAAUUAUUUCAUCCAAUGGAAACGGAUUGCAGGAGACAGAGCCGGCAAAAACCAAAGCAACGGAUAAUUCGCUACAAGACGUGAACCCAAUCCAAUUAAAUUCCACUCACGGAAGCGUUAAAAGACCUGAAGAGUCGAACAUUAUGAAACCACUGAGAGCAAGGCCAUCCGGUCUGGAAAACGCCUGGGGUAACACAAGAGUCGUAAAUGAAAACCUCGAAAAUACUUUCAACAAGCCGCAAGUACAAAAGGUGGACGACUUUGGCAGCGAAUAUGGAAAAGAUGGUGUUGAUUUAGCUUCAAGUCACGUUCAAAGCGGGCAGGAUACUGAGAAAUUCGUCAGUAACUCGCUUGGUGCGCGAACAUCCCCCGAUGGUACAUACAGCGCUGAUUACAAUGAGAGACUGAACCAUGAACGCCCUGGUAUCCAUAAGGUAAAUAUAAUGCUAAUGACCCGAGAGAGCGUUGUAAAGCAAGAUGGAUUGGCAAAUAAGACCAAAUAAGCGUUCAUUUAAUUUAUUUUACGUCCAAGUCCUGGUUUGUUUUUCAGGAUUUUUUCCCGCCUCCCAUUUGACUUCCACUGGCCGAUUAGUCAGAUUUUUUUAAAGCAAAAAUCGCUUUCUAUACGAUUUUGACACUCCACAAUACCUUUGGAAAAAAAACUUAAAUAAAUUUUAUUCACCUGACAGGCUGUUGAAGUCGCAACAUAAAUGGUUUAUUUUUUAUUUAUUUUCUCUUGGCAGAAAGAAUCAGAUGAAUCUUUCGAUCCGUCGAAAUUAAUAGAUAUUGAAAAAUUCAAAGCGGCAAAUGCCCCAGGAAAACAGGUAUGAAUGAUCAAAACAAAUUGUUAUGUUCGUCGGAUUUUUCGUCGAUCUUUUUUUUCCCAAUUUUAAUUUCUGCCUUUAGCCUACCGAAUUAAACCUGAUGAAUAAAAUUUUUCUAGCGAUAAGGUCUUAUUAAUUAUAUCUCACGCAGGGAUAAUUGUUCAUUAGUUUGAAAUCCUGGUAAAAUCCUUAUUUUCGAUCAGUGAACUGCUGUAAAGAAACUGAUGUGCAAAAUAGACGCUUCCAACCCUAAUGUCUUAUGUUUUAUUCCUAAUGUUAUUCAUAGUUGUAAACCGGUGUUUUAUUCUUUGAGAAACGGAAAGAGACAGAUAAAACAUGGAAAGAUGGCCGGUUUAAAGGCUGAUCAUUACCUCGCCGUUGUAAUAUCUGAUAGAAUUUACUGAUGCACCAGACAAUGCAGUAGUUGCUAAAUGUGCGGUGCAAAAAUUAAUUAACAGAAUAAAUUAUUUCCUAGCUACAUUUUUCCUAACGUAAAAUUAUAAAUUCUUCUCCAUCAUUUAACAACUUAUAUUUGAGAUUAAAAGCGUAUGUAUUUAAUCAAUAAAAAACACUGUUACUUAAUUGAUCGAAGACAAAUUCGGUUAUUUCAUCUCAAAUUUUCUACAUGAACUAAUUUUAAUUGAUUAACGAGCUCUGAUGUAACUGCUGCUAAACUACCCCUUAAAGUUUUAUUAACUAUUUUUUUUUCCUGGGUAAAUAGCUGUUAUCUAACAGCUAACUCUUACUUUUCCUUGUUUUUCAGGUGCAAACGACCACCGCAAAACCAGGUAAGAAUAAGAAAUAUGUUUGCGACAUACGCAUUUUAAAUCAGCCUGAAUGAUUAUCAUAUUAAUUGCUCGCCUUAACGUUGUUUUGAACAAUAAUUAUUUGCAAACAUAACUAAACUCCGUGAUCUGAAAACUAAACAUUUUAUUUUCUAAUACAGUUUGAAGCGAAUCAAGUAGGAAAUUAGGUUUGCAGGAAUCUCUAAUCUACACAAAUAAAUUAGAUAUAUGGGAAACGAAAAGAACGCGAUGCUGUAUAAUUAUGUAAAUGAAAAGAUUUUUUUUUUUUUUAACAGUUUUAUGUCUCACGGUUACUAUGAAAUGACUUAGCUUGAAGAGAAGAAAAGUUAUCAAAAAAGAAGAGCACUGAAAUGUAUUAAGGCCAAAUGAAAUUUUAAAAUAGUUUAUCGUAAACUUUGAAAAACAGGGAACGGAGGAAAUUUUUAUAAUGUACAUAUAGGUACUAUGUAACGAAGCCUGGAACUAAUAUCACAUUACACGCAAUUAUACAGAAAAAUAAAGCAAAUAUUGAGCUUUCGUGGCCACAGCAGAUCAGGCGGGAGGAUGCCUGACUCACUCCACACCUAGUGCCUUGUUUUUUGAGUUUAAGUCCUUGGCUCUCUUUAGGCAGCGAUUGUGUUUCGCAAGAAGCGCGCGCAGCGUAGCCUCAUAGUUCAGAAAAUGUGUGCUAUAUUGUUGUGAGAUACUCGCUAACUGCCUAUGGAAGUUUGAAUAAUUUAAAGGCAGUAAUGUCAACGAAUUGGAGCUCCACUUUUAGGCAUAGGUUAGUUUAUCUUAUGAGAUCGUCUGGUUUUAGAGCUGAGGCUGAACUUACUCAUCCAUUUAUUUAUCUAUUAGUUUAUUCAUAAAUGAACUUUGUGGUUUGAGCCUGAUAAUAUCUUGGGGUGUUAUUUAAGCUACUAGCUCUGAUAUUUCGUCAAACCAACAUAGACGUGACUAAAGUAAAAUAUAAAUUUGUAUUGUUUGCUUUGAUGAAAAGAGAAUUUAGUGAAAGGCCAUAAAUAUUUUAUGUGGCACAAUUUAACACUGGAUUCUUGAGGAAAAGGUGGUUAACUCAUUUGAAUGAGAACAUCUGGAUACCUGAAACUCUAUGCACUUUCCAAAGAAGAUUACUCGGGAAAAAAAAAACAUCUCAAACCGGGAUUUACUCUGACGCAAUAUUUCUGUCGCAAGCAUCUCGAAUUCUAUUUACUCAACUUUGCUAUUUGCUAUUUACUCACCAUUAAUGUUGUGAAAUAAAACCCAGGCAAAAAAAGAAAGGAAAAAAAACCACCUCUGUUCGAUAAAUUGGGUUACCGAAUUUUCGUAUUGGGUAUCAUCCAAAUUUCUUCGUAAAUCUUUCUUCUUAUUUCAGAAUUGUCAAAUUUUGAUACUGACGUAAACCACAACGUUCUUGAUGUCUCGAGAAAAGCAGCCAGGUGAGAUUGUCCAGUUAUUUCAGAAUUUGCCAAAAUUUUUUUGCACCUUUCUUUUUCUUCGUCUUGUUUCAUUUUUUGCUCGCUCACUGUGUGGCUUACUUAGUCUCUUUGCCUAUCUUUCUGUUUCUCUGUUCGUCUGUCUGAGUUUUUGUCUGAGAUCGUAUUACCCUCGGGCCUGUUUACAUUAUAGUCUGCCCGCUCGCGCCCGACGGUCCGUCGGACAAAGUCCCUGUCUGUUUGGCUCAAGAACUUCUUCCUCUAACCUAUGACCGUAAACUCAAAGACCUCGUUUUCUUUUUCAAAUGUUUGAAUGGUUGUACCGAUCUCAAUGUUCGUGAUUUUGUUUCCUCUGUUUCUCACUGCCAAACCAGACUAAGUACUUCUUAUAAUCUUAAAACACCUGUAUGUAAAACAAGUUCCUUCCAAGUCUCUUACUUCAACUGCAACGUUAACUUUGGAAUUAUAUGUAUCUGAAAAUUAUCACCUCCUACCAGUUUUCCAACUAUAGAGUCCUUUCAUAAUUUUUUCAGUCGGCAGGUUUCAUCUUCUUUAGAAUUGCUUUGAUGUAAACUAUUCCUGUACUUGGAAAAUUGUACGAUCCUACUCCUGUCACCCGUAGUUUCUGGUUUCUUUUUCCUAAAAAUUAUUCACCAUGUUUUAGAAUUCUUUGUGUUUUCUUUUGUUAUCUCACGGGCGGUGCCUGGCAUGGGUCCUUGUGUCCCGGUCGCAUCAGCCCCAAUGGGUCCACGACGUUUUUUUUCCUGCUUUGCUCUCUCAAUAAUUGUUCUUAAUGUGUCUUGUAUUUUCGAAUCAUAUCGUAUAUUGUAUUAGUAUUAUAUGAGCCAUACCCAAUAAAGCUGUUAAAAAAGUCUGCCAUGGUCUGUCGGUCAGUCUUUUCGCUUUUCUAUCUGCUGCCUAGAUAUGUACCUACGUGCCUGUGCGUCUGUCUGUCUAUAAGUCUGCCUUCUUGCUACCCCCUAACCUGUCUGUUCUGUCUGUCUACUGUUUUGCUUUAAUAUUUCUAUUCGUUCGUCCUUCCAUCUCGCAGUAUAUAUUCACCUUCUGGCGUCUACUAACUUUUCUUAUGUUUAUAUCAACAGUAAUGAUGUGGAGAGGCCGCUAAACUAUAACGAAAUUUACGACGACGAUGAAAAGCAACUGAUUGCCAGCAUAGAGAAUGACUUUGAAACAGCUUUGCCAGGAUCUGUGUUCUAACAAAUAACCGUUCCCUCCUAGGUAAUGAACGGCAAUUUAUAACCGCGUAUUAAAGAUACACGUAAUUUACUACGCCAAGAAACUCACUCAUUUUGGAUGAAACUACCAUUUAAGCUCCAAAAAAAAUCUCAUUGAAUCAGUGUAAUGACUUAAGGGAUUUUCAUCAAAUUGUUAUUGUGGCUAAGACUGUUUUUAUAGCGAUUAGUUCGGUUUUACUCAUCCUCACGACCAACGAUAUUCUGUUUUCUUAUGUUUAAUUUUUGUUUGUUUUUCAAUAGAAAUCCAAAAGUAGAGAAACAGCUCGAUUCUACUGGAAGUCACUUCCGUGAAGCUGCGUUUCUUUUAGCUUUACGAAGUUAUUUUUGAAUGCGAUAGGAUAAAGUCAUGUUUUCAGUUUCAUAUCUCCAUUCUAUGGUUUCAGAUCCACGGUAUUUUCGGGCGUUUCACCCUGAUGCAUCAACGAAGUCAGAGAAGAGAAACACUAUGUAUUGUGAACGAAGUUUACCCCCAGGUGGACAUGGUAGACUGACAAUAGCCAUACCACAGUCAUUCACGAAUUCCACUCACAGCUCAAUUUUCCUAAUGAAAUUAAGGCGACUCAUUCGUCUGUACCAAAUAAACGGCAUAAAAUCGUGUACACAACUUACACUGUUUCAAGGAAUUCAAGUCGUUUAAGAACUAUUUUUUAUAAAGGGAAACAUAAAAGAGCCUAAGAAUUUAUCAGCGUCAAGGUUUUAACAGCAAGGAAGUAAUGUCGAACUAAGUUUGACUUUAUUUCUUUCAGUUACGGAAAACCUUGUUUGUCUCACUACAGGGGCCUUUUGAGUAUAUGCAUAUUAGAAAAUGUC